AUGGGAAAGAUCAUUUUCUACGAGGACAAGAACUUCCAGGGUCGCUCCUAUGAGUCCAAUUCUGACAGUACUGAUCUACACUCGCACUUCAGUCGCUGCAACUCCAUACGAGUAGAGAAUGGUAAUUGGAUGGUGUACGAACGCGCUAACCAGGAGGGGCAUCAAUACUUCCUUAAGAGGGGUGAAUACCCUGAUUACAAGCACUGGAUGGGACUCAAUGAUACCAUCAGCUCAUGUCGUAUUAUACCACAACAUCGUGGAGUCUUCCGUAUUAGAAUUUAUGAGAGGGAAGAAUUCAGAGGUCACACAAUGGAGUUCACAGAAGAUUGUCCAAAGGUUUAUGAAAAAUUUAAUUAUGAAGAUAUUCUCUCUUGCAAUGUUCUUGAGGGACACUGGAUUUUCUAUGAGCUGCCCAAUUAUAGAGGAAGGCAAUAUUACUUGAGACCAGGAGAGUACAGAAGAUACACCGAAUGGGGUGCAGUUUCUCCUAAGGUUGGCUCCUUCAGAAGAAUUCAGGAUAUAUACUAGGCAUUGUCAUGUGUAAAAUGCUUCAAUUUGGAAUAUUAAUAAAAUGACAUAAAAUAACAAA